AGAAGAACCAGGAGGCGGAAGGGAGGAAUGAAAAACCCGCCCACUUGUGCUUUCCGUCUCUCCGCGAUCCAGCUCCGACGUUGUCACUUUUCCUCUCUACGAUUGCAAAUCUCUGAAAUCGGCGAUGCAGCGGCAAGCUUGCCAAGGAAGGAGGGUGUUCGACGGUUGGUCGUCUAGAUCAGAAGGGAAGGUGUGGACGACGCCGGUGCGAUGUGAAGGUCGGUAAUGGAUG